AGACCCUGGAGACGUAGGAAUUGGGGUGUGAGAGGAAGAGAUGAAUGCGUAUUUUGAAGCUCUGCACAGAACAUUGUAGGAGACGCUUCACUGCCAGCAGUGGCAAGGAUUCGGGAGAAAGAGGCAGGAUGAAGCUUGCUCCUGGAAAGGAGAGGGCCAUGGGGAACAAAAAGAGUUGGGAUGUGGAGCUCAAUGGGACUGUGCUUGUGCCAGAGACAAAGGAAAAUCCACGGAAGGGGAAGGAUGAGCUUGAAGAAAGAGGCCAGUGGACCAACAAAGUAGAGUAUGUACUUUCUGUGGCUGGAGAGAUCAUCGGUCUGGGAAACGUUUGGCGGUUUCCUUAUCUCUGCUACAAGAAUGGAGGUGGGGCCUUCUUAAUUCCAUAUGCCAUCUUCCUCUUUAUCUGUGGAAUUCCAGUCUUCCUCUUGGAGACAGCCUUGGGACAAUACACCAGUCAAGGAGGAAUCACUGCCUGGAGAAAGAUCUGCCCUAUCUUUGAAGGAAUUGGAUAUGCUUCACAAGUGAUUGAAUCCUAUCUGAAUAUUUAUUACAUUGUCAUACUGUCUUGGGCCCUAUUUUACCUCUUUAACUCCUUCUCAUCUGUAUUGCCCUGGUCCAAUUGCAACAAUUACUGGAACUCAGAGUUUUGUGUGGAGGUUCUGAAUGUCUCCAACUCUGGGAAUAAUACUAACGCCACCUCUCCAGUUAUCGAGUUUUGGGAGAGGCGAACGCUGAAAAUAACAGAAGGCCUUCACGAUCUGGGCACUGUGCGCUGGGAGUUGGCUCUCUGCCUCUUGCUGGCCUGGAUCAUCUGCUAUUUUUGCAUCUGGAAAGGAGUCAAAUCCUCUGGCAAAGUAGUCUACUUCACUGCCACUUUCCCUUACCUAAUGUUGAUUGUGCUGCUAAUUCGAGGAGUCACUCUCCCUGGGGCGUUAGAUGGAAUUAUAUUCUACUUAAACCCAGACGUUUCGAGAUUGGCUGAUCCUCAGGUAUGGAUGGAUGCAGGCACUCAGAUCUUCUUUUCAUAUGCCAUUUGCCAAGGAUGCUUGACAGCUCUUGGCAGCUACAACAAAUAUAACAACAAUUGUUACAGAGAUACCUUCAUGCUCUGUUUCCUGAACAGUGCCACAAGCUUUGUGGCGGGCUUUGCCAUCUUCUCUGUCUUGGGCUUCAUGGCGCAGGAACAAGGUGUCCCCAUUUCGAAAGUAGCUGAAUCAGGUCCUGGCCUAGCAUUUAUUGCUUACCCCAAAGCAGUAACCAUGAUGCCUAUAUCUCAGCUGUGGGCCUGUUUGUUCUUCCUUAUGUUGAUCUUCUUGGGGCUGGACAGUCAAUUUGUCUGUGUCGAGAGCUUAGUAACUGCCAUCGUUGACUUGUUCCCGGAAGUCUUCCGUAAGAAAGGACGUAGGGAGCUGCUGAUCCUGGCCAUUGCUGUGAUCUGCUAUCUCAUUGGCUUGCUGCUGGUCACGGAGGGUGGGAUGUACAUCUUCCAGCUGUUUGAUUAUUAUGCAGCCAGCGGCACCUGCCUUCUCUUUCUUGCCAUCUUUGAAGUCAUCUGCAUUGCGUGGGUUUACGGAGCUGAUCGUUUUUAUGACAAUAUUGAAGAUAUGAUUGGCUACAGACCCUGGCCCCUGAUUAAAUAUUGCUGGCUCUUCCUCACACCUGGUCUUUGUCUGGCUACCUUCCUGUUUUCACUCAUUAAAUAUGAACCCCUCAAAUACAACAACGUUUAUGAAUAUCCUCCGUGGGGGAUAGCAGUCGGUUGGGUGUUGGCCUUGUCCUCUAUGAUCUGCGUACCGUCCUACAUUAUAUUCAGCUUCCUGAAAACCAAAGGAUCUUUCAAAGAGCGCUUACGCCAGCUCACUACUCCAUCAGAAGACUUGCCCCAGCCAAAGAAGCAUCUGAUGGGCACUUCUGGACGUGAAUGUUCUGAUGUGGGAUCCCAGCGUCCAGUCAAGGAAGUGCUUGGCAAGACGGGGAAGGAAACCAACUUCUAGAGCUUUCUGACAUUCUGGAAGAGUCUCUUCAUAUUUCUGAAGACGUCUACUUCUAUCCAGGUUGAGUUUCCUCCAAGGUCUUCCUUAUUCUCUUAAGAUGUCAGCAAUUUCUAAGAACGGAUCACUGGAUUGAAAGGAACCAACCCUUGCUUUUUCCAUCAGCACAAGAGCAACUGUAAAGUCAUCGCGGUGAAGAGGACCACAGCUCAAGAUCUUCAUGAAAUUCUUCUCAUUGACAUCGUUGGAGAAGGGAACUAUGCUGCAUAUACACUCUAUCCUUGAACUGUGUUGUUUUCUGUUUGCAAGAAUUAAAUACACAGCCUGAUCAGUACCUGAAAGCCACCUGUUGAAGCUGGUCAACCUGACUCAUCCUUUCUUUAAUCAUUCUUCCACUGCUACCUCUACUCUUUGAUGCCAUGUCAACGAUUCUGUGAAAAAAACCCUAAUCCAGGAACCUCUGAGAUUAGCUAAAUGUGUGUGACAGCAGGAUGAAUGCAUCUUGGACAACUUUGAUGGAUUACUCUUUUUUUUUUCUAUUGUUCUCAAUGGUUUACAUUAAUGUGUACAGGUGAAGGCAAAUAUCAUACCACUCUGUUUGGACUUUCUAAAUUAAAGUUGAUUGAACAGUCUCUCCCGCUGGGGUUGCCCAGAGGAGGGGAAAAUGGCAAAUCGGAAGCAAAAUAAUUUUGUGAGAUACUUUCCUUCACAUUCUCUCUUUCAUCUUUUGGAGAAAAGAUUGGCACCAAAAGGCUGACAGUCCUUCAGUUUGAAAUACCUCAUCUGACACUGCUCCGUGUGACAUCCUUAAGUUGGUGGAAAACUAGAGAAAAAAAUGUGACUCGAAUGGGAGCUGCUGUAAAAAAGGAAACGCCAAAAUUGCCUUAGUGUGUGUGGGAAACACAUAAGAAAGAACCAACUUGGGAAUAGCAAUAGCACUUAGACUUAUAUACUGCUUUACAAUGCUUUACAGCCCUCUCUAAGUGGUUUACAU